CUCGUAUCGAACAAAUCACGGACUACUCCGAAGAGGUCUCUUUGACGUAGAGCGUGUUGUUUCCUAAACCGAAUUUUUGACGGCCGGCGUGCUCCAACUGGCAAUCGCUGGAUUGGUUUGACGACGACCUCACUUUCUUCCAUUGUGCCAAUUCAACGUCGAUCACACCACUUCGCUAACCUGAAUGUCUAUCAUACGACAUCAUUUUUAAUCACGUCCUCUCGUUCAUCUACCCUCACUACAUCUCGCUCUUGUCCGCCAUGGCCACACCAGCACCUCCGGACACCGCCAACGAUGAUUGGCAUCCACUCUACAAUCCAUUCUCUGCCACUAUCAAUAUCGAUGAAACUCAUCCUUCAAACCCAAUUCGGCUUUUUCUACUCCGCCCAUUUUGGGCUCCCUUAUUGUUCUCAAACACAUCCUCCGACGCAAGAGACCAUUGUGCCAAUGAACGAACUUUCCUUUCCUGGCUAAGACUAGCUGUCUACAUGGCCGUUGUCGCCGUCGCCAUUUUCGUCAAUUUUCAUCUCAAACACCAACCUAGUGCCCUCGAACAGAGAAUGUCCCGGCCCCUGGGCAUAAUCUUCUGGGUGUUGUCGCUUGCCUGCCUCUCAAGUGGCAUGGCCAACUACAUGCGCACUGUGACGAAGUAUGCCGGAAGACGAGCACUGGUGCAGUCUGGCAUCAAGACCCAGCUCGUCUUCGGAGUCGUCGCGACAGCGAUCGUAGCGGCAUGUGCAUUGUUUCUGGGUGCCGAAGCUCAGGCCUCGAGAAGUAGGAGGUGAAUUCCAGGUUCAUACAAAACGUACUGUUCUGUGUCGACUCCCUGGUGCAUUUACUCACUAUCCUGGUAAGCCAAAAGGUGCACACGAAUCAACCGACAUCAGUGGGUCGAGAUAUCCUCAGCCUUGCUACACGUUCUCGUAUCGAGUCUGCCUCGUAGGUCUCUCAUGGUAAGGCGCGCCACUUCCUGCUCAUGCUUGCAAUUGGCUCGGCUAUUGAUCCUACAAGCCUAUCCUUUUCUGUCCA